UCUGAAAGACAUGCAGUACACACAAGGUGGUCCAUUGCUGGACAUCACUAUGGAGUUAGGUGAACUGGAGGAAGUUCAUCUGCCACACUUUGUCUGUUUAGGGACCAACCCUUCCCUGAGGAAUGAGAUGAAGAUUCUUCAUGUAGAGGAACAUGGAGUGUCUUUAGAGGAAGUGCAUGAGGUCACCAGAUUCCAUGCUAAGAUUCUCCAUCCCAAGUUCUCAGCUAUCUCUCUGAUACUGAGAUUACUGUCUUGGAAAGUAGAUGUCCACUGUGAGCUGAUGCUCUAUCUGACAGUGAUAAAGCAAACAUUAAUUCCACGCCUAUACCUGUUCCCCAGUAACCCCGGCCAAAUACAGGCUGUGGAACAACAGGAAAUAAAGUUUCAAGGGUCUAAAAGGUUUCCCAACACAAGACCAGAGCAGUCCUUCAAACUGAAUAGUUACUUCAGACUGAACAUUCCCUGUUCUACCGCCAUCAAUCCACCGAGGAUUCAUCUCAUACAUAGAGACACCACACCAAGCUUUUUCAAGGCGGUUGUGAAAAUGACAGGGAUUGACAUUGAGAUGGAGUUAUUCAGUGAUGAUGAGAGGAUAGUAUGGACAGAAAUAGUAUCGCGAGAUGAAUACUAUCAGAACCAAGGUGCUGUGUCGGGGGCAGGAGGUCCAGCUGAGAGCAGUCUGACUGGUUCUACAGAGCAGCAGCUGCGUUCUGUACGGACAGAGUUUGUGAAACGAGUAUCAGGACCUGUCCUGGAUGGUCUGCUGGACAGACUCUUGCAACACACAGUCAUCAACCAGGAGGAAAUGGAGUCCGUGAAGGUGAUAGCUGAGAGGGCAGAGAAGGCACGAGUCAUCAUCGACAUGGUGUUGAGAAAAGGAAAUGAGUCGUGUUCCAGGAUGAUCAACCUUCUUGGGGAGCUGGACCACUGUCUUUGGUCACAGCCUCAGAUCAACAGUUGUAGUCAACCCCUGGGGAGACCAGUUAAAGGCAGGCAGGAUGGUUCAACAUGUUCUUGCUGUCUGUUGCUUUAAUUCAGGGUCACAAAAAUGGCGGCAGUAUUAUCACGUCUGGAUGAAAAGCAUGCCCAAAGUCAACUGCCUGCUACUCAGGCCCAGAAGCUAGGGUAUGCAUAUAA